AUGUCUUGUCUCUCGCGAAAGCGUUCCCCUUUCUCCCUCGUUUCGGAAGGGCCGCUGCUCGCUCCGCCGCCUCCCCAUCUCCCUCUCGGUCUUGGCAGGCCGCAGUGUCGCCAGUGGACGGCGAUGCUGCUGCUGGGGACGUGCCUGCUGUACUGCGCCCGCGUCACCGUGCCCGUCUGCGCCGUCGCCCUGAGCAGCCGCUUCGCCUGGGACAAGAAGCAGUCCGGCGUAGUGCUCAGCAGCUUCUUCUGGGGUUACUGCCUGACGCAGGUUAUCGGAGGACACAUCAGUGACCGAAUAGGAGGCGAAAAAGUCCUCCUCCUCUCGGCGUCAGCCUGGGGCUUCCUCACGGUCAUCACCCCGCUGCUCACCCACGUCAGCUCUGCCCAUCUGGUCUUUAUGACCUCCUCCAGGUUCCUCAUGGGGCUGCUGCAAGGGGUGUAUUUCCCUGCCCUGGCCAGCCUCCUUUCCCAGAAGGUGCGGGAGAGCGAGCGUGCCUUCACCUACAGCACAGUGGGGACCGGCUCGCAGUUUGGCACGCUUGUGAUCGGCGGUGCAGGAUCUCUCCUGCUGGACUGGUAUGGCUGGGAAAGUGUUUUCUACUUCUCUGGCUUGCUCACUUUGCUCUGGGUUUACUGCACGUGCAAGUACCUCCUGAACGAGAAAGAACUCAUCGUCCCCUUACAUUGUUUAAUGAGAGGCCGCUCCGUAUCCAAGCAGACCAAAGUGCCCUGGAAGCAGCUGUUUAGGAAGGCGCCGAUCUGGGCUGUCAUCGUGGCUCAGCUUUCUACGGCCAGCACGUUCUUCACUCUCCUCUCCUGGCUGCCAACUUUCUUUAAGGAAACUUUUCCUGAGUCAAAGGGUUGGGUGUUCAAUGUAGUCCCGUGGCUGGUUGCAAUUCCAACGAGCUUAUUCAGUGGAUUUCUGUCUGAUCAUUUAAUCAACCAGGGAUACAAAACCAUCACCAUUCGUAAGUUCAUGCAGGUCAUCGGCUCAGGUGUAUCAAGUGUUUUUGCUUUGUGCCUGGGUCAGACAUCCAGUUUUUGCAAAGCUAUAGUGUUUGCCUCAGCCUCUGUUGGACUGCAGACCUUUAACCACAGUGGUAUUUCAGUAAACGUACAAGAUUUGGCCCCCUCGUGUGCUGGCUUGCUGUUUGGCGUUGGAAAUACCGGUGGAGCCCUGCUCGGUGUCAUUUGCGUGUACUUGGCCGGCUAUCUGAUCGAAACUACUGGCUCUUGGAUUUCCGUUUUCAACCUGGUGGCUGCUGUUAACAGCAUCGGUCUCUGUGCGUUCCUGAUCUUCGGAGAGGCCCAGAGGGUGGACACAGACUCUGCGUAUAUAGACCUGUAGAGAUGAAUUCAGCAAGCCGUCGAAGGAUAGCAGAGUGUCGUGUCUAUGUGUCGUUGUCGCACAAGUGCCAAAGAACGUAUUUUCUUUUUGUAGAAGUUUAACAGGGAAAAAACAAAACAAAACUGAGACGCUAUGCUUAACGGAUCUGAUUGAAACCCACAGGAGAAAAGAAAUCUAGAGUUCGCUUUUUGCUCAGGGCAUGGCUGAUGGCCUGGAGAGCCGACCAGCUCGACGUUGCCAGUGAGAAUUUGGCCCAUGUGGCUGUUUUGCCCCAGUCCGUUUCUAGUGGGCAAAUAUCCAUGUGGCCAAAAUAGCUUAUCCUGCUCAACUCCACGUGGUGCCGCGAUCUGCACCCUCACCAUGGACCGCCGAUCGCUCGUUGAGGGGGAGCUGCUUUGCCCUGCCAGGAGUUGGUUCCUCCUGCUCUGCUGUCCUGUGGCCAUGCAGAGGAUUGCCAGCUCUUGGGCUGCCAGUCAACACGUUUCAUCUGAACUAAACGCAAGGAAUAAUCCAAAAGAAUGUACCUCUGCCCUUAACUGUCCCUUGUGUGCCUUCAUUUUGCAGUAUGCUUGACGGGUACGAUCUGGCUAUGGAAGAGAAUGGGUUGUGUGAUCAAUUCAAGGCUUCCCUUCGGGGACAGUAAGGAUUUCUGGCUGGAUGUCUGCUGCGGACCCUGGAUGUGAAGUUGGAUCUAUGUUGCCUUCACUGUGCUUGAGCUGAGACUGGAGUUUGCAGGCUGGACAGAUGGAUCCAUCCUUGCUCAAGGGUUGAGCCCAAAGGUUCCUGCCUCUCUCUUUGCUACCGGCUGGGGAGCAGACCCAAACCAAGGUAGACAACCUCAGACCUGAGUGCAGAGAACCGCCCAGAGCUUGGGCUCACUCACCCAGUGGUUAAGUUUGCCAUGAUAUAUACCUUGCAGUAUAGACAUAGCCAAGGAAACCUCCGGGAGUUGUUUUGCCGUAUGCUGUGAAUGUAUAUGAAGAAUAGGUCAUGUUCUGUACUAUGGAUCCAUAAUCCCCAGUGCACACCUACUUCAUUAGGUGUGUCCUCCGUGUGCCUUCAAAGGGGCGCAGGAGAUGUUCCAAAGAGCCUGCAACGGGCACGUUCGGUUCCUGUAUUAAAUGUAAAACUAGUUUCUGCAUUGUGGAUCCACAGUACCGGAUGUGGAUCCAUGCUCUUCCCCAUAUCAGAGGGAAAUAUUUGGCUGCACAUGCCUCUGAGCCUGAAUGUCUUAAGUUAUUUAUAAAUAUUUUUAAAGUGCCAAAUUCUAUAGUCUAUUUUACGUACUUGAGGCCUGAUUCUGCAUGCUUAUUUUGUGUGCGACUCCCACUGAAACCCCCAGUAUUUCUAGAGGGGAAGGUUUUGCCAGCCUACACUUUUUGGUUUUGUGGGAUGUAUUUGAAAUGUGACAGUUCAUGUUAAAGUAAUUCAUUGCUUUUCCUCCCACCCCGUGCUUGCAGCUGGAAAGAACCUCUUUGGUUCUCUUGUGCUUGCCACAAAGCUUCAGCUGAGGCUUGGGACCAGGUUUCCCAAGGAACCUCGCUCUGGUUUCCAGAUGCGGCUGUGUCGGUGGGUCUGUUGCAGCUGAUGGAAAUGGGCUAAGUUUGUGAGCUGGGAGCAACUCCAGUGCUGCUGGGGUGCAGAGGAGAGGAGAGGCACAGCCGCCGUCGCAGCUUCCCCUUUGCAGCUGCUAAAACUGCGCUCGCCAUGCAGGGAGGCU